AUGUCGGCAACCCACUCUAGUCCGCAGAAGAAGAGUCAUCCCAGCGUCCAAACGACAAUGACACCUCCUCCAGAGGUCUUUCAACAUGAUCUGAAGAAACACGUUGAAGAAGAGCUUUCUGGUCAUGCAUGGGAGUCCGGUCCAGAUGAUAUCGCUCGCAUGCUGUCCCCCAAGAUUCUUAAACAUGAACCUGAAAAUGGCGGUUUACUGGAGCUCUGUCACUUCGAUAUCCUCAUUGAUCACCCUCGCAUUGAGUCUGCCAUGCGGAAGUUGUUCAAAAAUAUGCCAAAACCCAGCCCAUUUCAUCAAGAAGAAGCGAAGAACUACGAUAAUAUCACCAAAUUCCUCAACGAGUGUGUUAAGCUUUGCACUGACACAUAUCAGUCGAUUCAGACGGAUCUCCAGGCAUCGGAAUUCAAUUUGCAGGAAUUCAGCAAAGCCUUUUGGCCUGCCCUCCGGUUCGUUAAAUACCAUAAGCCAACCUUCGACAAGGUGCAAAACGCCGCACCUUUGAAACCAGACAUCGUUGGAUUGGUCAUUGAAGACACACCAUCUGGGGACUUCAUUGCCUGCUGGAGCAAACCACCCAAAUCCUGCGAACGGGAUCUUCAGAGGAUCGCUGUGGCAGUGGAAGUAAAGGAUCGCUGGAAGGACUUGCUGCUCCAGAGCGGUACUUAUGGUCGUGCUCAAUUUAACGACACUCCGUUACGUUCAUUCACUGUGACCAUCGCCGUCAAUCACGCUACCGAAACCCUUCGUGUCCUCAUCUUCCACCGUGGUGGCCUCUCUGCAAGUAAGGAAUUGAGGCUCAUGACGAAAGAUGGGGAAGCCCAUGAUAUUCGCAAGUUCAUGAAGAUCUUGCUGAGCAUGUUGCUCUGGCAGACACCUGGUGAUGCCGGGUUUCCAGAGUUCACGGAUGGGAAGAAGUUCAUUUUCCCCUCUGGGGAGGACGACACCGUCGAAGCGAUUCACCAGGAAGUCCUCUACAAUCGUCCAUCGUCCCGUGGCCGUAACACUUUCGUGGCAUUGAUGCAGCUUUCCCCGUCGAACAACAAAGCAGUUCCCCAAACUCCUUUGGUGUCAGGAACGGGCAAGCCACCCAAGAGUCAAAUACCGGCUCCCAUUGACGCUUGGUCGAAGAAACCCAAAUUGGGGCAAGUCCCCAACGACAAGAACAACGAUAUGCACGAUUCAAUAUUCCCAUCCCCAUACGACUUCAGUGGUUCAUUCGGUAUUCGAUUCCAUGACCACCAGGCGACUCGAAAGCAAAGGAUGUACGAAAAGGUAUCAAAUUCUUCAUUAAUCCUGAAAGGUUCUUGGCCUCCUCAUGAGAAGAAAGAUGUGGAGUGCAACAUGUACCGACAUUCAAAGGGUGAAUUUGGAACUGCGACUCUCCUCUCGUCGUAUGAGCCGUUCAAUUCUAGAGGUUAUAAAUCGACCAAUUCGUACUUCCUUCCAAGUCCCAAGUCGGAGGCGAGGUGGCUUUCGACGUAUCAAUGUGGGUACUUGCAACGAGACGUCAGUAUUGGGAAUGUUCUCAAGCUGGUGCAACCUACACAAAUGGCACCGUUCAACAUCAACAAAUUGAAAGACUUUCAUGACGUUAUCAUGGGCGUCAAUACAAAUAUGGAGGGACUCAGCAAGCCCGUGAGAGACAAAGUCAAGGCAUUGGAAGGACAUUCAGGACCAGCUUUGAAGGAUGCAGUUAAGGAGGUGAUGUCCGCUGCCGAGGCUCUGGAGAGGGAGAUUGCGGAACUCGGGCUCUUUGCCGAUAUGAUGGAGUGCCAGGCCAUUAUUUCAGAUGGGGAUCUUGCAUCGUACAUGCCCAGCUACUUGACCAGGACAGUCACUGCAGAGUCGAUCUCAGGGACCUAUGAGUUUAUGUCCCCUCGCGUCCGUGAUGCCAUAAUCAGGGAUGCCAAGUACCUCCACACUCCAGUGGAUGACAUACAUUCGUUUUUCUUUGUUGCGGUGUGGGCGACCAUGUGGAAUAUCAACAAAGGCCAUUCCAAGGAUGAAAACCCUAUCCGUAAUGGCCUACGGAGGAUUGAUCGUGAUGUCAGUGUGGCUUCCCUUCUGCGUGACCGUCUCAGACCUCGUCCAACAUACACUCCGAUCACCAUUGGAAUGCUCCCUGUUCUCGAUGAUUGGUCAAAGAAGCUUUCGCAGUUGGAUUUAUACUCCGAAUCCUCCCAGGAUGAAUUUCAAGAGACUCUGCGCUUGGUACAAUUUGACCUGUUAGCCUACCGUGGGGUUGCAGACUUUGUCCAAAUUAUAAAGGAGCAUUACCAGCACAUCCAGGCUGCAUCCUUAUCAUGUGUUUAA